AAGCUAAGCGUUUUUUUUCUUUUCCGGAUCUUCUCUCUCAUGCGAUUUUCUGAGAUGAAGAAUUUCUUUGAUUUUGUGUGUUGAUCUUGAUUCGGUCUUCUUUAAUCAUGGAUCAGCGUCAUAUACCUAGUAUCAUUCUUCGUUCAAAGUCUUUUGCUUUCACAUGGUUUCAUUCUGGACUCAAAAUUUUGGAGAGAUUCGAAGGAAAAUAGACAUGGAUUGUUCUUCCUGUAUCUUCCAUAGAUUGGGUUUCUUCAUUAUUUUCGGAGGCGACCAAUAAUAAAUUCAAGGUAGGGCAUGUCUGGUCACGAAGAUUCAAUAACUUUGUGGUACAAACAUCAUGGUUAAACAAUGCAAUGGGAUCUUUUCUUCAAGUAAUGGUUAUUGGGUCUUUAAAGAAAUUAGCUCCAAACUUCAUCUGUAUACCAUUUGGGAAUAAUGGUGAUAUCUUGCUUAGACUUGUUAAUGUUUUUUGUAACCAUUCAAAACCUGUUAGAAUCUCGAAACCUCCUAUUCUAGAUAGGCUUUCAUUUCCCUCUCUUCCACACUCCCCUCCAUCUCAAUCAGUGGAGCAACACAAAAGUUUCUAUAAUUUUGGCUUGGAAGUUGUGGUUCAUAAUUUUCAUCCGGGCUGGAAUAAAAUUGAAAAAGGUUUAGUGAAGAGAUUUGGUCUGUUAGCUUAAAUCUUCGUAGUAUCAGUAACAGGUUAGCUUUCUUCAAUGCUAAUUCUAAGAGUAUGUUUGAUAUGUUCAAGGAGGAACAUUUUUUUAAUGUUGGUAAGUCUAAGGUCUCUGUCAGACAUUGGAGACUUGAUGACUCUCAUAUCAACAAAGUUGAGUCUUUAGAUUCUUCACAUUGGAUUGGUAUACGUGGAUUAUCAUUUCAAUUCUGGAACUUACGUUCUUUUGAAUCAUUCUGUUUCCCUUGGGGAAAGGUGAUGGAAGUUCAUAGCUUAACGUUGAAUUUCUCAAAACUGAAUAGCUGCAAGAUCAGAGUACAUUGUGAACUCAGUAAAAUCCCAAUGGCUUCUAAAUUCAGGGGCCUUCGGUUGAGCUUCGAAUGGAUCCAACCGAAUGCAAUCAAUGGUUAUCAUAGUUUUCCUACGACAAGGGAGCCACAAAAGCUCAAAUCUAUUGGUGUAGUCCCGGAGUCUGAGAGAUUAUCAACUUGUGUUUCAAAUCCGGCGGAUUCACAUGGAGCAAUAUAUUCAGCAGUUAAGUCUACCCCGGAGAAUAUGUCAAAAGUUUCUUUGAAUUCAAAUUCAAGCUCGUCAAAUUCGGCGCUAAAAAAGCUAACUAAGGUUUGGAGAAGGGUGACCGAGUUCAGUUAAGAGGUAAUCAAUCCAGUACUUCAGUGAACCAAAUGCAACAUGGUCCUGAUGAGGAAACUCAUAUGGGUUACGGUUAGAAAAAAGAAAACGGGUUCGGGUCGCAAUAUGUGCCAGAUGGGGAGAGUGGUACCUAUGGAUACUGGUGUUGAAAUAGGUAUCGGCUCUAUAUUAAGUAAGAGUGGAACUCCUGCCCAUGACCAGACACAGAAUCCAGAUCAUGAUAUGGGCCAGAUGGGGAGAGUGGUAUCGGGUGUGGAUUUAGACCCGAAUAUCGGCUCUACAUCAUGCAAGGAUGAAACUCCUGCCCAUGAUCUGAGUGAUUCUGAACCGUUGAUUGCUGCUGCUAUAGAUGACUCAUUGUAUUCUAAUCUACCAACACCUGGCCAGUUGAGUGAAGAGAAUCUUAUUCAUUCCGAGCCGUUGAUUGCUUCUCUUAGCGAUGAGUCAUUAUACUCGAAUGAAUCAAUUUCUGUUCACUCGAACACAGAAACUCACUGUUCUUCAGAGAAAGAUAUCGAGAAAGGGGAUUUUCAAUCAAGGUUGAAAUCUCAAAUGGAUGUUAAUAAAAUGAUGGUAUUUCAAUUAAUCAUCCUACCAUGUUUAACAUAUGCAACGAAUUGGUAGAAAGAGAUUCCAGACAUGAUGAUAAGAUGAAACUACCACUUGAAGCAGACUAUGAUGGUCUAGAAAAUUAUGAUUCAUAGGAAGAAAUUCGAGACUCAGUUACGGAUAAGGAAGAACAAAUAGAAGCUAUUUUAGAUGUUUAUGAAGAGGAAACUUUCGAUGUAGAAGCUGGAUUCAAUCCAAUAGCUUCUAGGGUUCAAUCGGUUUCUUAAUGGAUCUCAAAGUCCUAAGCUGGAACAUUAGGGGUUUAGGGCAGGACCCUAAAGUGGUGGCAGUUAGAAACGUUAUUCUAAAGAAUAACCCAGCGAUUGUAACGAUUCAGGAAUCAAAAUGGGAAGUGAUUGAUGACAAACUUAUUAGAUCGUUGUGGGGUAGCAACAGAUGUAAUUAUGUUUAUCAGGCUUCUGAAGGUGCUUCUGGUGGCAUUAUCAUAAUGUGGAAGGAGGGUGUGGUAGUGAUGGGGGAUCAUCUUAUUGGGGUUUUCUCUUUAUCAAUUGAAUUUAGAAAUGUAGCUGAUGAUUUUGUUUGGAUCUUUACUUCUGUUUAUGGGGCUUCUGACGUUGGUUACUAUAACCAGUGCUGGCAGGAAUCGAGAGACAUCAAACUUCUCUUCGAUGAGCCAUGGUUGAUCGGUGGUGACUUUAAUGCUACUCUUAGUGCAGCUGACAGAAAUGUGUCUGGUGGCAGAACAACAAAUAGUAAGUCUUUUAGAUCCUUUGUAAAUAGAUUCUCUCUGGUGGAUUUACCAAUGGUUAGGGGAAGAUUUACUUGGACCAACUCUCAACAACCUCCUCUGUUGAUAAGGUUAGACAGGUUCUUACUUUCGGGUGAUUUCCUAGCUCAUUGCCCCGCACCUGUGCAACUAAGGCUAAAGAGGCCAAUUUCUGAUCACGCGCCUAUUUUGCUCAAUUGCAACUCUGGUGGGUAGGCAAAUUCAUGAUGGGAUUCUUAUUGCUUUUAAACUUAUUGAUUUGAGAUUAAGACAGCAACUUACGGGUAUUAUUUGCAAAGUCGACUUUGAAAAGGCCUUCGACAAUGUUAAUUGGGGUUGUGUGGACAAUACUCUGGCUUAAUUUGGUUUUGGCUUUAAAUGGAGAAGCUGGAUCAGAUGGUGUAUUUCUACUCCUAGGUUUUCGGUUCUUAUCAAGGGUGAAGCGUCUAAUUUAUUUAGAAGCCAAAAAGGGAUCAGGCAUGGUGAUCCUUUAUCGCCAUUUCUUUUCAUCCUAGUUGCAGAUGUUCUAGCGCUAAUAUUCAAAUCUGCAGCGGCUCAAAAUCCUAUAUCCGGGGUUCAAGGUAGCUCCUCAAGGUAAUGUUAUUACUCAACUUCAUUUUGCUGAUGAUUUAAUAGUGUUUCUUGAUGACAAUGAGUUGCAAGUUCAGUAUUUGAAGAAUAUUCUGCUGGCUUUUGAAUCUGUUUCUGGUUUAAGAAUAAACUUUAGAAAGAGUACGAUGGUAGGAAUUGGUCAAUUGCAUAAUGGUGAAAUGUGUGCUGAUUUGUUUGGAUGUUCCCUUUCUCAACUGCCUCUAAAUUAUCUAGAAAUUCCUCUUGGAAGUAAAUCUAAAUGCAAAGUUGUUUGGGCUGAGAUCAUUCAAAAUUUUCAUAAGAAAUUGGCAGGUUGGAAAAGAACAUAUUUGUCUAAAGGACAAAGACUAAUUAUGAUACAAAGUGUCCUGGCGAGUCUUCCAGUCUAUUAUCUUUCUUUGUUUCAGUUACCUGUGAGUGUGGCCAAGGAAAUGGAAAAAAUUAUGAGGAAUUUCCUAUGGGGUUCUAGUAAUACUGUGAAGAAAAAAAGCUGGGUUGGUUGGUCUAAGGCGAAUCUGCCAAAAUGCAGGGGAGGUGUUGGGAUAAGGAAACUGUGAUUAUUCAAUAAAGCUUUGCACGCAAAGUGGAUUUGGAGAUAUGGCGGUGAGAAGCAAGCUUUGUGGAGGAAGAUCAUCAAUCAAAAGUUUGGAGGUGCUACCAAUGCUCUCUUUCCUAAUCAAACGAACAUGUCAGUAUGUUUUAGUUUGUGGACAAGCAUAUUGAAAUCUAAAAGCUUUGUUGAGUCAGGCACUAAAUUGGUGCUAGGUGACGACAGUGGGAUUUAUUUUUGGAAUGAUGUUUGGGUGGGAGAACAAUCUCUGAGAUUGAGUUUUCUAAAAAUAAAAAUGCUUUGGGAAGAAAUAUGGUGACGACAGAAGGAGCUUGGGAUUUGAAGUUUGUGAGAGCUUUGAAUGAAAGUGAAUUGUUUGAGGUGAUUCAGUUGUUGCAGGUUAUUGGUGAACCAAGUUUUAGCUUGUCUGAUGAUAGUUUAUUGCCAGAUAACAAAUGUAGGAGUUAUGGGUAAUGGUAAAGGCUUUUCAGUUGCUACUGCUUAUUCGGCACUAGAAACUGAUGGUUUUCUUUCGUUUCCGGAUAAGCAGUUAUGGAACCCUAAGGUACCUUUAAAAGUCUGCUUCUUGGUUUGGACGUUGUGCUACAAUGGUGCACCAACGUUGGAUUACUUAUACAAUACAGGAAUGGUCCAGAAUGCUGAUUGUCUACUUUGUAACCAACAGACAGAAAGCAAUGCCCAUUUAUUCAUUCAUUGCAGGGUUACUUCUGAGGUUUGGUCGUACUUUCUGAAUAGCUUUGGUUUUACAUGGGUGUUUGGUAGUGAUGUAAAUCGAACCUUAUGGGAAUGGAACAAUAAAAAGAGCAAGAAAGAAUAGAGUUAAUAGAAUAUGGGGGUACUUACGGUUUGCUAUUUGGUGGAGUGUGUGGAACGAAAGAAAUAACAGGCUUCAUAAUAAUAUUCACAGGAGAGCGAAGCAACUGAUCACAGAAGUCAAAGCUGUGUUAUUUAACUGGACAAGCAACACAAAUAUUUUUACGUUUUUUUUUAUCCACAGUUCUUUGUAAUUGGGAUGUUAUCUUUGAUACAUCUAUGCAAUCUCAGAACUUAGUCACUUUUCUAGUGACCAUGUCUCUUUCUUUUAUAAAAUUUGCUUUUUUGUCAAAAAAAUAAAUAAAUAAAAACCGUAUCAUUUGGAUUA